AUGGCAUCCCGUCCAAGCCCAACUUCAGAACGUCCAACUUAUUUGGACGUACUGGACAAUGAACAUCGGAAGGUACUCGAAAGAGCUGUGAGGAACCUCCUGAGCACGGAGGUAGCCGAGGUUAUAUACGCCCAGAUUCUUGAUGGACUUCCCACUGAAAAGUCUCUGAGAGACAGUUCUGACUAUGUUAAAGAUCAUCCCGUUCAUAGCAUCCAACACACCGAGAUUUGCCCCGGAUAUGUAGAGAAAGCCCGCGAAUUUAGCAAUCAGUUUGACUUAUUACAGCUACAAAUAAAGUUCAAAACAAUCAAAGCCUUUGAAGAUGCACUACCAGGCUCAGAACAAUUCAGUCUUCGACUGAUCGAACUCGUUGCCGUGGCUUUUCAUGAGAUCGGCGCUCAUCUCUUUGAUCUCGAUGACGGUGCUCACAAGCACAAAAAGAAAAAGAACGCAUGGGUUGAGUCACAACGAUACUAUGAUCCUCCUCCUAUCGCCUUUUGCCAUCGAGCAUAUCGAUAUCCUGAGCAGUAUCCAAAAGGUUUAGCUGAUGUUGCUGGCUAUUGGGCUGAGUCUAAAAUCCUCGGUGGGGUCGUUUUAUUCGACCGUGGUGAGACUGAGCAAGAUUGCAAUGCCAUGUGGAUCCAUGGAGACCUGAUUAGAGGCCCGAGAACUCUCUACUCACCUACCAAGGAACAAUUCGAUGCCUUGACCAGGUUCCUCACUAACCCAUUAGAGGAAGGUUUAACAUGCCCAUUUCCUAUACAUGGAGCAAGCGUUAACAGACCACGAUGGCAUCCAUAUCACGCAUUCGCAUACUAUCACAUCUUCCGUGAUAGGUAUGAGAGGAAGCUUCCGCCAAACCCACCACAACCAGGCUGCGUUGAGGAUGGGAUGGACUGGCCAGAACUUGACGAUCGGCGUAUUCUUCUGCUGGGGGGGUUUUCUAACGCUCAAGGCGAGCCAUACGUCAAUGACGACGAGUAUGCUGCGGCUACAGUGAGGAUCAAAAACAUCACGCCUUCUUCGCCUCUUUGGCGACCAUCUGAGAUCUAA